ACGAAGAGCAGUACUGAUUUAUAUACUGUACCUCCCUAAUAGCCUAGGUAAGGACGUAGCCCACUUUCCAAGAAGACAAGCGGGGCAGAGUCAAAUCCAACGAGGAUGAAUAAUGAUGAAUUUUACCUGGAUUAUCAAGCAGCGAACAGCAGAGAAGCUUCUUUGAGAAAUCAAAAAAGAUGGAAAGUGCCUAGGCAACUCGUCUGGCCGAGGGGCCUUAGCAGCGGAGUGGCUCCCAGAUCAACUUACUCCGCUGAGAGCCGGAGACUUAAGAGUACCAUGUCUCCAUGGAACCAAGUCUUCAUGGCUGAUGAGUGGAGCAAUCGGGAGGACUCAUGUCCAUCCCCGACGGGUGAAGGACACUUUCUAGGAAAGAGAACCGUGUCGUUGAGACUGGCGAGUGGCAUGGGUGUUGCGCAAUGAUGAAAGGCUAGAUGAGACAUCAUGAUUUUUUGUGCGGAGGUGUUCCCUAAAGCAGCCAUACACCCAUGAUGUGCAUAUCCGAGGAUGAUCACUAAUAAUGCGGUUUAAUGCAUUGCCGGCUGGGCCCAGCUGCAGGCAUGGAUGGUUUGCUCAGUACUGAAC